AAACUUUUAUAUUACUGUUUCUUUUCCUUCCCUUCGUUUCCACAAAAAUUAUGCAAAAUGAUUUCCCACCAAAUUGAGUGUUUUUUCCAACGUUCAAAAACAAUGGUUCAUCUUCUCCAACUUCAUUCUCUAUUCAUCAAAACAGCCAUUCAUCACGAUGAGUAUCGUCUCUCCCAAUUCAUAUCAUUAUCUUCUUCAAUAUCCCUUCAAUAUACCCGUACAUUUUUCGAUAAUUCUCACAUUAUACCAUCAAUCUUCGCAUGGAACACAAUGAUGAGGGCAUAUUCCCAAUUAGAGUCUCUGAUGCUCUUCAAACAGUUUCAAAAAAUCGGAUUAAAACCAGAUAAAUUCACAUUCCCUGUUGUGCUAAAGGUUUCUGGGCAUUGUUUGAUGAUUGGAACUGGCGGAUCGUUGCAUUCGAUGGCUGUGAAGUCGGGUUUUGGUUCAGAUUUACAUGUGAACAAUACUCUUUUGAGAAUGUAUGCUGUGUUUGGUGUGAUCAAGUUUGCAAGACAGGUGUUUGAUGAAAUGCUUCAUAGGGAUAUAGUUUCUUGGAGUUCAAUGAUGGCUGCUUACGUUCAUUGUAACUUGCCUUCAGAUGCUCUGCUCCUGUUCCAAUGUAUGAAGCUAGCAAAUGAAAAGCCAAAUUCUGUCACUUUGGUUAGCUUGCUGGGGGCAUGUACUCAUAUCCUGAAUAUCGGAUUAGGUAAAUGUAUUCACUCGCACAUUGUUACCAGUGGUAUUGAACUACAUGUUGAACUGGAAACAGCCCUCCUUGGGAUGUAUGCAAAAUGUGGUCAUAUACAGCAGGCUUUCCGCAUAUUCAAUUCGAUGGAUGAUAAAAAUCUGCAGACCUGGACCAUCAUGAUUUCUGGUCUUGCUGAUCAUGGACAUGGAGAAGAAGCUAUGUCCUUGUUUGCCAGAAUGGAAGAAUCUGGCUUUAGGCCGGAUAGCUUAUCAUUUUCUGCAAUCUUAUAUGCUUGUAGUCAUAUUGGCUUUGUUGAUGCGGGCCGUGAAUAUUUUGAAAAAAUGGCAAGUAUUUAUGACAUCAGGCCAACUAUGGAACAUUACGGAUGUAUGGUGGAUAUGUAUGGACGUGCUGGAGAACUAGAAGCAGCUUAUGAUAUUAUAAGGAGCAUGCCUACAGAGCCUAAUUCUGUGAUAUUGAGGAGUUUAAUUAGUGCUUGUAAGCAUCAUGGUCAUAUUCCUUGCGCAGAAGAAAAUAUAAGGGAGAUUCUCCUCAAAAUAGAGCCUGAUCUCGGAUCAAACUAUGUACUUGCAUCUAGUUUGUCUCAUCUUUUUGGUCAUUGCAGCGAUGCGAACAGCCUAAGAUCGUCUAUGAAAGUAAAAGGGAUAAAGAAAUAUCCUGGUAGCAGUUGGGUGCAGUCGCUUGAUAGUCUUGCCGAAGAAAGCAGUUGAAGGAUCUGGUAGUAAUGUUUUGUGUUUAUGCCAAUAGAAGAGGCAAUUCAGAUCACAGGAAUGAAGUCAUUGUUACAUUCCAAAGACGAGAGAACACUAUCAAGGUGGAGGAAAAUGAAUUGCUUCUUUUUGGGUAAUGAGGUACAAAUUCAGGGGAGCUGUUUCUUUGACCGUUGGAAGAGGGUCACGCUGAAGUUCCUAUUGUUCUUGCAUAAUUUUGAAUAACUUGAAAAAUGAAGAUUACAUUGUGGAGUGAUUUUGAUUUGUAGGUCAUGGGAUAUGACAUUUAAGAGGAACUGCACAAAUUGGUAUACUUCUGGACGAGGAAUAGCCAUGCUCUGUCAGAGCUACAACUCUGUUAUCCUUCUCAAAUUAUUUCUAACAAUCAAUCAUGCCUAGGUAUUGGACUAGUUGGGAUCAGCUUUAUGAGUCUCCUAUAUUCUACCUCAUUUGGGGCCAUUCUUUUUGAUACCGGUAAAUGAUUUGUUUUCUCCAUAAACUACUCUUUCUUUUCAAAAUAUAUGGUUAAGGUUAAUCUUGGAAUUCUAUUCAGAAGUUGGGAUGCCCUUAAAGUGGCACCUCAGCAUGGCCUGAAACUUUGGUUAAAAACUAUGAGGUAUUCCCACGGGGAAACAAAUUCAAAAUCUUUUAUGAUGUCAAGACUCAAGUCUUCCGCUUUGAGCUCUGGAAAUUUAAAUUAACCAAGUGGUAUCUUCAUUUAUCUGUUAGUUUAAUUGUAAUUUCUGAAAUGAAGGAGAAGAAAGCAGUGAACAUGUCAUGCUGGAGUAGGUUUUGUUGUAAGCAAAAUAUGGAAAACGAAGCUUUGGUAGUUGUACUACUCAAAGUAGCAAGUACAUUUGGGUUAUAUAAUCUAUGAAAAGAGAGCAUGAAAAAUCAUCUGACUUCCAUUGCACCUGUAUCAGCAUGAGUCUGCUUUUAAGGUAUUCCCCUAAAUGCUUUGAAAGUAUAAUCACUCACACAUCCAUUUGCAUGUUAUUUUUUGGAGCUUGACUUGAAGCCAUCAGGAAAGGGUGAUGCUCUGUACUCUGUAUCUGUCGAUUCUCCAUGUCCUUCACAUUCCAUGAUGUUUGUAUGACUAAGCUUUUCUUAGAAUACUUAACUGCCAUGGGUUAGUGAAUAAACUUUGGAUAUUUAUCACAACAAGAAAGAACCACUUGACUGAAAUACAUAUUCAAUAUUUAAUUAAGGUUCUUCUGGUCUCAUCUGCUUAAACUUAAGGAUCCAUUCAUUUGUAUAAUGCUGUUAAUGCCAAUAUCAGAUGAACCUAGCUUGGUGGAAACCUCUUCGCUGUGUAUUACAUCACUUGCAUAUGAAAAAGUUUUGAGUUUCCUAUUUGUUCAUGAACAAUAUACCAUACUGGAUUGCUAAUGUAUUUCAUUUGAGAUCAUCCAGCACUCUAAAUUAUUGGAAGUAGCAGGCUUGCGAUCUCAAGCUGAUCCUGUCUUGUUAUCAUUUUGAAGACUUCUCCUCUUUUGAAUGGUGACGAUCCUUAUAUGAGAUGAGACAUGAAAAGUUAUUCACGCAUGUUAGAAAGGUUGAGCUAGCUGGGACGGGGAGAAGGUGAUCUAUCAACAUGGAGAACCUGACAUCUGGUGGAGCCAUGUGAAGAAAUUUGAGAAUCUCUAGAAGGUAUGUCUAUAUGUUAGAAUGGGGUUCUAUCACAAGUAAAAGCAAUCAACAAAUGUCUGAACAACCAUUAUCAUUAUUUAACAUGCAUAAAUUUAAUUGUUUCACCAUUGAUAUGCUGGUGUAUCGAGUCAUUUUUCUCGAAUAUGAAUCAGGUUUUUGAUGUAUGAGAAACGUUACAUCUUUUUUUCUUCCGCAUUUUAAUCAAUUAUUAAUCAAAGGAAUGUUUAGUAGAUCAUGAAUUAAAGAUGGGGGAUCUAUUUUCCUCUCCAUAGCAUUAGACAAAGAACCUAAAGCCCGAGCUAGCUAAUGGGCACAUUGGUUUGCUCUGGUCUUUUAACAAAAGAUGAGGAAUAGAAGUAAAGCCACACAGGAGUGCUAAACAAUCUCGAAUAAUAAUACAAAAAAACUAGGAGUUGUUGUAAGAUUUUUUCUGAUCGAUCUCCACAAUACAUGUUAUUGAUGAAAAAUUUUCCUUUAGUGAGUUUACUGCUUCUUGAACAACCAAAGCCUCAACCACAAGGGAGUCAUGAGGCGUAUCCAAUCAACUAGAGGGACCUCUCAUGAAGUUUCCUUGAGAAUCACGGACUAGCAUGUCUGACUCUGCUCCUACCAAAGUAAGGUCAAAAGAAGUGUUAGAAUAUGAAUAGGUUUAUGCAAUCCUACUAGAAUAGAAAUAUGUUUAUACAAUCAUAUUAGAAUAGGAACACGAAUACUAAAUAGUAUCCUACAUGGUAAAGGAUUGUAUUAUAGGGUCUACAAAUAGGUCUCAAUGUAAUAAUGUAGAAACAACAACAAUUCAAUAAUAUUAUUUUUCAUAUCUCUCACAUGGUACUUUUUACUAGGUUUUGAGCACUUUGUUGCUUAGGGGAGUUUAGUAGCCUUGUAUGUCAAUUAUGUGAGUCACUCUAUGGUUAAGCAGUCUUUGCAGGUUUUGUUUGGGAAGUUCAAUACUGGAAUUUUAUCUUUGUGUUUACUGACAUUAUGCAUCAAAUCCAGUAUUUAAUGAGAAAACAAACACAUCGAGAUUGACUGUCAAUUUUGUGAAGUCGACUGAUCAACUUGCGGAUAUCUCACUAAGCCCCUCAUCGAUCCUCGUGUUAAUUACAUUUGUAACAAGCUAGGUACAUGAAUUGUGUGCACUAGCUUGAGGGAGAGUGUUAGAAUAGGAAUAGGUUUAUACAAUCCUAUUAGAAUAGGAAUAUAUUUACACUAUCUUAUUAGAAUAGGAAUAGGAAUACCAAAUAGUAUCCUACUGGCAAAGGAUUGUAUUCUAGGGUCUAUAAAUAGGUCCUAAUGUAAAAACAACAACAAUUUAAUAAUAUUCUUUUCCUAUAUUUCUCACAAGAAGCAUCAAGGUUUUACUUGAGGAUAUUCUCAUUAGGACACCGUCUAAUUGGUCCUGACUCGCAAUCUAAACCUAACUCAAGAUUCGAGCCUUGAGACCCAGGGUCUAAGCCCUAAUCCUCGGCCUCGACCUAUUUACUGGGACAUGACACCAAAAACAUAUCCUGACCCAAGCCCCGAGGCCCAAACCACGAGACCCUUCGACACUAAUUCGAGAUUCAACUAGGAACUCGAGCACUUAUCCUCUAGAAUGAUUUUAUAUCUAACUGUGACCUUAACCCGAGACCCAAUCCUCGAGAUUUGAAACCUAAAACCUAACCUUUAGUCGCGACUAGAUCUCGAGACUCGACCCUGAUCCAUAUUAAAAAUCAAAAUGAAUUUUUUGCAGUAAAUCCAAAUUAGAGUAAAUCUUUAGAAUGUCCCUUGAGUUUGACAAAAUUUAGAGAUCAAGUUACAAAUGAGUUAUUUUGGUUAGAGUAAGAGGGUCAACCCAAUAUAAAGUUAUCUCGUGCUCAAGAUUUUGGGUGAAUUAGGUGGACCACCGAUUUUUAGGCCAUAUUUGACACCAGUACAUAAGUUUGUGGAGCGAAAAAUGGGCCAAAUUAUAUGAUUAUUCCUCAGAAACUCUAUUUACUUCAAGGAAUACUUUAUUAUUUCUACUAGUACUAAGAGGUUAGGAAGCAUGUCAUGGACUACAUGCGUGCUUCUAGAUGAGGGCAAGGCAGUAAUUUAUACUUGGUUGUGUGUUUUUGUCAUGACCUAAAAUUGGAUGUGAUGACACCUGGCUUAUCCCUUCGGACAGGUCAGCCUAAACCCAAAUGCGAUAGGGUGAAUGUGAAGUUUAAAAAAAAUAUGGAACUAAGUGUAACACAAACAUGCAGAGAGACAUAAUAUAACUCAAAAUACCACCAAAACCUAGUGUCACGUGUACAAGCCUCUAAGUAUUACAAUAGAUUCAAAGAAGUACAAGUCUAAUUGUCUUUGUUGCUACAGCGAAACAAGAACAUAAUAAAAUAGUAAGAGGUUUCUGCCGAUAUGACAAACAACUACCUCAAAACUUUCCAAAGUAAGCCUCAGAUGUAAAAGAGAAGAAGGAAUAGUUACGAGGAUCCGGGCUCGUACCCUACACAAGUGUAGAAGCAAGAGAGUGAGUACCAGACAAUACGAUACUCAACAAAUAAACGACUAACUCAAGGUAAAGCAAUACAAUUAAAAUGUAGAUAACUUUGAUGAUAAAAUUUCUUUUACUUUUAAUAAACUUAAAAAUGGAAGUUUUGUUUUAAAACUAAAUAAGAUGAAGUUUUUAUUUUUAAACUAAAUAAGAUGAAAGUUUUAUUUUUAUGCUAAAAAAUAGAAAUUUUAUUUAAGCUAAACAAGAUGGAAGUUUUAUGUUUAAGUAGAUAAGAUGAAAAUUUAAUUUUUAAAACACACGACACAAUCAUGGAAAUGCACAUCCAAAAAUAUAAGCUAAAAAGAUGAAAAUUUUUAUUUUUAAGAAUGAACAACUAAACUUGCAAAGAAAAUGUAAAAAAAAGAAAAGAAAAAAAGUUAAAGAGUAUUUUUGUAAACAAACAAUUUAUUCUUAGAAAUUAUGCCAUGAAUACAAGUUUGAAUAUGAUGAACCAAACAAGCAAUAAAAAUUAAUCCCAGGGUAACUUAUCCCAGUAUAACUUAUUCCAUCAUAACUAAAGCCAGCAUAACUUAUACUUAAACCAAAUGAACUGUUACUAUUUUUUAACUUAUAUAUUAAUGUUUCUUUUCCUUCCUUUCGUUUCCACAACAGUCUAGGCUUGCAUUAAAAAAUUAAAGUAGAACGCUUGUAAAUGAUUUCCCACCAAAUAAAGUCGUUUUUCCAACGUUCGAAAACAUUCAUUCAUCUUCUCCAACUUCAUUCUCUAUUCAUCAAAACUACCAUUCAUCAUGAUCACUAUCGUCUCUCCCAAUUCAUAUCAGAGUCUUCUUCAAUAUCCCUCCAAUUCACCCGUACUAUUUUCGAUAGUUCUCACGUUAUUCCAUCAAUCUUCGCAUGGAACACAAUGAUGAGAGCAUAUUCCCAUGUAGAGUCUCUGGAGCUCUUUAAAUAGUUCCAGGAAACUGGAUUAAAACCACAUAGAUUCACCUUUCCUAUUGUGCUAAAGUUUUCUGGGAAUUGUUUGAUGAUUGGAACGGGUAGAUCGUUGAUUUCCAUUGCUGUGACGUCGGGUUUCAGUUCAGAUUUACAUGUGAAGAAUACACUUCUGAGAAUUUAUGCUGGAUUUGGUGUGAUCAGGCUUGCAAGACAAAUGUUUGAUGAAUUCACAGGGAUAUAGUGUCUUGGAGAUAAGUGAUGGCUGGUUACGUUCAUUGGUAUUAUAUUUGCUUCAGUUAUUUGUCAAAAACGCAUAUUAGUUAUUACUUUUAUACAAAUUUCACACCCCAAUUAUCACAAUCUAUUUAUUAGGGAUCAUAUAGCCGACUCUACUUGUGAUUCAAGUAUGAUAGUGCUAAUUGUUUUCUUAUUAAUUACAGUUUCUUCUUCUUCUUCUUCUUUCUCCUUAUACAAGAUAUUUCAUGUAUUUGCUGAA